AUACUCUUCCAAUAAACGUGUUUUUAUUGUGGCGACUUCAGCGACCCCUCGCGUACGCUCGUAUCAGCUGCUCGCCCUUCCCACUGAACGCACGCAUGUUUACAUCGGCGCCUCCCGAAAAAUUCGCGCACUGACCAGAGGCCAUGGACGAAGACGGAGUGCUCACGACGCUUAAAAUCCUCAUCAUAGGAGAGAGCAACGUCGGGAAAUCAAGUUUACUGCUUCGAUUUACAGAUGAUGUGUUCGACCCGAACUUGGCAGCUACCAUAGGUGUCGACUUCAAAGUUAAAACUCUCACUGUAGAUGGGAACAAAGCAAAGUUAGCCAUUUGGGAUACAGCAGGUUCAGAAAGGUUUCGCACUCUCACACCAAGUUAUUACAGAGGAGCUCAAGGUGCAAUCCUUGUGUACGAUGUCUGCAACUACAGCACGUUCCAGAAGCUAGACCACUGGCUCGCUGAGCUGGAGACGUACUGUACACGGAACAAUGUCGUCAAAAUGCUCGUGGGCAACAAAAUUGACAAGCAUGAAAAUCGUGUGGUGACCAAGGAGCAGGGCAUGAACUAUGCCCGGAAGCAUUCCAUGCUCUUCAUUGAAGCCAGUGCCAAGACGAGAGAUGGAGUCCAAUGUGCUUUUGAGGAACUUGUAGAAAAGAUCAUCCAGACACCCGGUCUGUGGGAGAACCUCCGCACCGAUGCAAUUCGGCUCGGUGAACAAGCAUCAAAGGCUGGCAGCUGGUGCUACUGCUAACACUGGCUGUUUGUUGGUGUUUUCAUGCUGCAGCUGUAUAGACUGUUGUGCACGAGCAAAUGUAUAUUUAACAACUGCGGCCAAAACUGUAGCAGUGCACCGUUCAUUUUGUGGCGGGUCCAAAAGCAUACAGCUGCGUACUGCUAGAGUUUUGGCACGUACACAUUUUUAAUAUAUGAAAAGUAAGAAAGCUUGAUGUAUUUUACCUGCUUUGUUUAGCCUUGUUUAGUCCUUGUUUACUGCACUGGCAUACAAUGAUAUUAAAAGAACUUGCCAAAGAAUUUAAGCUCUUUGAAUUACAUCCGUUUGUUAAUACAAGUUGUCUGUUAGUUUUCUUCUUCCUUAAAAAAAAAAAAAAAACGUACUAAUCAGCUUGCUGCUGCUGCGCAGACUUGCGUGGCUUCAUUUCAUGAUAAUAAACACUUCAUCGGUGGU